GUAUGCCAGCCCUGCGCCAGGAACUUUCAUAUUUGGACCCAUCUGGGUGUGAAACACGGCCUACUUCCCAGGAAUCAUGGCCGAAGCUCCCGGGGAGGGGACACUGGCCAGGUCUCCCGAUUUCAUCAAGCUGAUUGACAUGGCAUCUGAGUCCGUAGGAGGGAAGAUUUUAUUUGCAACAGAUGACUUUUUUGCUCCUGCAGAAAACCUUAUAAAGAGUGACAGCCCGCGUUUUAAAGAGCAUGAAUAUACCGAGUUUGGGAGAUGGAUGGAUGGAUGGGAGACCAGGAGGAAAAGGGUGCCAGGUCACGACUGGUGCGUCAUCAAGCUGGGCAUACAAGGCGUUAUCAGGGGCUUUGAUGUGGACAUUUCUCACUUCACGGGAGGCUACGCUCCUCGGAUUUCAAUUCAAGCAGCGCACGUGGAAGAAGGGAAAGACCCGCAGAUGCCACAGCGAGGAGAGAGGACAGGAGCUGCAGCCACCCCCGAGGAGCUGGCCGCUGUGGCAGAGCUGAAGUCCAACGACUGGGAUUACUUGGUUCCCAUGACAGAGGUUGAUCCAGGAAAGCUUGCUUCCGGCCACAAUUAUUUUUUUGUUAAUUCCCAGCAGAGGUGGACUCACGUCAGACUCAACAUUUUCCCAGAUGGUGGAAUCGCACGUCUUAGGGUUUAUGGCAUUGGACAGAAAGACUGGACCGCUACUGACCCCAAAGAACCGUUGGACCUGGUGGCCAUCGCUUUCGGGGGUGCCUGCGUAGGGUUUAGUAAUGCACACUUUGGGCACCCAAACAAAAUGAUAGGAGUCGGCCCACCGAAGUCUGUGGCCGACGGCUGGGAAACUGCGAGGAGGUUGGAUAGGCCGCCUAUACUAGAGAAUGAUAAGAAUGGCAUCCUCCUUGUUUCCUGUUGGGAGUGGGCGGUUUUCCGUUUGGCACAUCCUGGAGUAGUAACUCAAAUUGAAAUCGAUACAAAAUAUUUUAAAGGCAAUUCCCCCGACAGCUGUAAGUUGGACGGUUGUGUCCUGACGAUGCACGAGGAGGAAGUCAUGAUCAGGGAAAAGUGGGCGCUUCCGGGCCACAGGUGGAAACAGCUGCUUCCAGCCACGAAGCUGUCUCCCAACGAAAGCCACACGUUCCAAAGCCUUACCCUGCACCUGCAGGACGUCAUCACGCACGCGCGGCUCAGCAUCAAGCCGGACGGGGGCGUCGGCCGCCUGCGCCUCCGGGGCUUCCCCAACUCCAUCUGCCUGCUGCGGCCCCGCGAGAAGCCCGCGAUGAGGCUCUCGGUGAAGGCAGGGUUCAGGUCCAACCUGUGACCCCAGACCAAGCCGCGCGUGGGCCCCAGAGCGUUUCAGUCCUGCCCUUCCUCUGAACGGUUUUCAACACCUGAACCUUAAGAAG